AUGACUGGCGGUUGGGUGAUGUGUGUGUUUGCUGUACCGAUGCAGGUGUUAUCAUUGUUAAUGUUUCUGAGGACGGCAUUGAGUGAUCCGGGUAUCCUACCUCGACCAGGUGUGAGUUUGCCUGCAGAGGUAGUGAGUGUUCUGACUAUGUUAACACCGGUCAACCCACCGAAACAUCAGGAUGUGGCGGUGCAGGGUCAUUUGUUUAAGUUGAAGUAUUGCGCAACUUGUCGAAUGUAUAGACCUCCGCGCUGUGUACAUUGUUCGAUCUGUGACAAUUGCGUCCUGAAAUUCGACCACCACUGUCCUUGGGUUGGUAAUUGUGUAGGAGCACGAAAUUACCGGUCUUUUAUAUACUUCAUCUACUCUACAAGCCUAUAUCUCAUACUCGUUCUGGUCGCAUCACCCGUCAAGUUCUUCGUACUCGUUCAGGACUACCAUACAGACUCACUCUCCAACGCAAUCAAAGCAGCAUUCGAACAUGCUUGGGACGCCGCAAUCCUCACCAUCUACUCCCUAGGCUUCCUAUGGUUCGUCGUAGGACUUACAGGCUACCAUGCCUAUCUCAUCAGCACUAACCAAACCACAUACGAACAAAUCAAAGGCUACUACGACGAUAACACCAACCCCUGGGACAAGGGACCACUGAAGAACUUCCGGUCGCUUGUGUUCCAACCAAAAAUCACUAGAAUACCCUUGUAA